UCUCAACCAAUCAGACCCUUAGUCCCUUUUCUUGUUCCUCUUUAUACCAACCGGAUAUGAUCUUCUAUUUUGAUCUUUUUCUUUUCUUUCAGUGAAUCUUGUCGGAGGAAGUGAAGACAGUUAUCGAUCUUCCGGGUUAUUCGGUGCAUGCAUCAACUAAUCAGCCUUUUAUCUUGGUCUCAGUUUAAAUCCAUUUUUGUUUGAACCUAGUAUUUGCUUGUUGGAUUUGCAUGUUGAUUAUGUUCUCUUUGAUUUUCUCUGGCGUCGAUCUUCUUCCUUUUCGGAUCUUCGAGUGAGGUUGAAUCCAGGUUGAUUGGUGUUCUCCAUGUCUUCAAUCCAAAAGAUUUGAUCGAGAUUUAAUUUCUUACCGUGCUUCAAUUUGGCGUUUCCGUUGCUCCUUCUUUGAUAUCGCCUUUCUGUUCAAGACUUAUGUCCUGAGUGAUCUGUCGUGCUGGUCUUCGAAACAUGGAUUCUUAUUUCGUCUGAGCUAUUCACUAUGGGAAGUAUCGCAAGUAGUUGAAUUGGCUUUGUUGGUUUCUUCGAUUUGUUUUUGUUUAAAGAGUUCGUUGAAGUCUUCAUGCAAUUUACUCAUCUUAAUUUUAGUUGCAUCCCGUUUUCAUAUAAUAUAUUUAUUUUUCUAUAAAAUUUAAAUUUAAAUUUGUAAAAAAAUAAUUAUUUUCUUUAAAUAGAUAUAGACAUGAAUAAGUAUCGUGAGGUUAUAUUAUUUUUUCUAAAAGACAGAUAUAGAUACAAAUCAGUGAUUGUGAAAUUAUAUUAUUUUCUCUAAAAGAUAGAUAUAGACACGAAUCAGUUAUUGUGAGAUUAUAUUAUUUUCUUUAAAAGAUAGAUAUAGACACGGGUCAGUGAUCGUGAGAUUAUAUUACUUAACACUAAAUUGGAUAGUUUUUUCACAAUUUCAGAGUGACAAAUGUUAUAUACCCAGUACUUUCUUAUCUUUUAGAUAUGAUCAGAAAGUUUUAAAUGUUUUUAGAUCCGCAUAUUAGAGAUUUUAUGAUAGAAUUUGAUAACAUAUAAAUUUACAUUUUUUAAAAAUUAUAUUUUCUAAAAUAUAGAUUACAAGCGUCAUAAAACUGACAAUUUAUAUUAAUUAACAUUCAAAAUUAAGUAGAAAAUUAAAAAUCCCAAAUUUUCAUAAGAAAAAAGAUUUUCAGGUUUGUUCUAUAUAAUGAGUUUGUCCUUUAUACACUAUCUUAGACUACAAUCUUCUUUGUCUUUUAACCUCUUAAGUUGAUUCCCCUUCAAUUUGCUGGUAAGAAAAUCACUUCCAACAACUCACAAAAUUUCACUGAAUACUUUUUUGUGUGUCUUUUAUGUUUUUUUUUUCUAAUUUAUUGUUUUCUGCUAACUAUCCUUUUAUGUUGUUCAUAAGUCUGUUUGUUUUCUUUUUCAGCAAUGGAAACCGAUGGUCAGAGAGUGUACUCUGUUCUUACAACAAAUGAAGUUGGUGAGAAGAUGAUGAGUGAAAUCAACCAGAUCUCCGAAGUCUUCUUGCUGUCCAAAUCUGAUGCAACCGUAAUCCUUAUCUCUUUCCAUUGGAACUCGUUCAAGGCUUCAGAUCGCCUGGGUGACGACAAGGAGAAACUCCUUUUGGAGUUAGGUUUGGUUAAAGUUUUCAGUUCGAGUCAAGAAAACAAAUCUGUGCCUUCUUUUGCAGAUCAAGAAAAUCUUGUCUCUACACCCUUUUGUCCACACAAGUUUUCUGAAACUUGUUGGAUAAGUCAUCUCAACAACCUUCUGGAGGAGGGUAAGGCGGAGAACAACAAGGAGGAAGAGAGAGUCCUUUGCCCUAACCCUGACUGUGUCGCGUCCGUUGGACCCGAUACGAUUGAGAAACUCAAAGAACCAGCAGUGAAGAUGAUGUACGAGAGAUACGUUCUGAGAUCCUUCGUGGAGGCCAACAAGGAAUGGAUCAAAUGGUGUCCUGCGCCAGGUUGCGAAUACGCCAUCGAGCGUCAUGAGGAUAUGUUGGAAGAUGAUGAUGAGUCUUCUCUUGACUUUGGUGUGGUGUGUUUGUGCGGUCACACAUUCUGUUGGUGUUGCAAGCUCGAGUCACAUCGACCCCUGACCUGUAAGGAUGCUUCUGUUUGGUUUAGUUCCACCUUGGAUACGUUAAAGAGCAAUGCUUGGCUCGUUGAAAACACCAAGCGUUGUCCUCGUUGCAACACUCACGUGCAGAGGGCCGAUGAACCUGUUUUGAGAAUGAUAACUUGUUUCUGCAGUUGUCACUUCUGUUGGCGCUGCUUUCGAUCAGCGAAAGAGCACAACGGAAAAUGGAACUGCGUUGAAGUCUCUGUUGAACCAUCAAUGAGACAAGAAGUGGAAGAUUCUCGUUACCUGCGUCUGUGGGAGGCAUGUCAUGAAGAGUUUGAGAAAUCCAAGUCGGAUCUCAAAGCCAUAGAGGAGAAUGGGAUUCCAACACUAGUGGAGAACUUCAGUUUUAACAAUGGAGACGUCGAUGCUGUAAUGGAAGCAACUCUGCUUAUGGUCCAGUGUAGGCUUGCACUUAAAUGGAGCUGUGCGUAUGAAUAUCUCAUUACCAUGCACCAAAGCGCCAAGACGCAGUUCGUGAACCACCUUCGAGGAGAAGCUACAAAGACACUUCUUAGGCACAAAGCGACUCAAGAAGCGUUGAUGAAUCAAGCUCUCACAUCUGGAGAUUUCAGUUGCUUCGAGGUCAAGUUGUCAGCCAGUACAACAACCACUGGUAACUACUUCCAUGAAUUUGUCAAGACUCUUGAAAGUGGUUUCCCUGGCACUUAGUACCGUAUGUUCUGUAAUAAGAUUUUCUUUUGGUCAUUUUGGUGUUUGUACUUUGAAGACUUUUUGAAUAAUUAAAUCUCCUCUCGA